UUUUCGGGGUUUUCUCUCUCAUCGUCUUUAAUCUCUCUCUUUCUCCUCUGAGUUUCUCUCUCUCUCUCCUUUUUCUCUGCUGUGCGCCUUGUGUUUGUAGGAUUCCCAUUCCCACCUAUUUUCCGAGACACAAAGCACUCAAAGAGAGAAAGAGAAGACCCAACAAAGACAAAAGAGAAACCCAAAUACUAAAAACCAACAAAAAGAGCAAACACCCCCAUUGCUCUGCCGCAAAUGCUCAUCGGAUUUCGUUUUCCGGCGAGUAAGCAACCCUUAUAAUGCUGCCGGACUGACCCAGAAGCGGGAAGAGAGAGUUCAGAGUUGUUUGCUGUGCUGUGAGAGUGCUGUCACUGUUUGGGUUUUUGUGGAUUGUGGGUGUGUAUAUAUGUAAGACAAAAAUGCGCGAAGCACUGCUAUGUGAAUCGCCGAGCAACGUCGUUUCCCACCCCAAGAAGAAGAGGUCGGAGGAGGAGAAAGGGGACAGGGAGCUGUCGACGCAGUUGGUUGUAGCACCGGCGGCGGUGGCUACAAUCGGCCUGAGCCGAUCUCAGGCGACGACGCGGCGAGUAACGCCGACGACGACGACGACCCUCGCGACUUUCCCCACCACAACGUCGUCCAGCGUCGAGAGGCAUCUACCGAAUGGGGAUCUCUACAUCGGGAGCUUCUCCGGGUCGUUCCCGCACGGAUCCGGCAAGUACCUCUGGACGGACGGGUGCAUGUACGAAGGCGAGUGGCGACGUGGCAAGGCGUCGGGGAAAGGCAAGUUCUCGUGGCCGUCGGGCGCAACGUACGAGGGCGAGUUCAAGUCGGGUCGGAUGGAGGGGUGCGGGACGUUCACCGGAUCCGACGGGGAUACAUAUCGGGGCUCCUGGUCGUCGGAUCGGAAACACGGGUUGGGGGAGAAGCGGUACGCGAACGGCGAUUUCUACGAGGGUUCGUGGAAGCGAAACGUCCAGGACGGGCAAGGGCGGUACGUGUGGGAGAACGGCAAUGAGUACGUCGGCGAGUGGCGAAAUGGCGUCAUUUCGGGUCGGGGCGUUUUGAUUUGGGCCAACGGGAACAAAUACGACGGCCAGUGGGAAAACGGCGUUCCCAAAGGUAACGGAAUAUUCACCUGGCCCGACGGCAGUUGUUAUGUUGGGACAUGGAACAAGGACUUGAGGUAUCAGCUUAACGGGACUUUCUAUCCGGCGAACGGCAGAAAGGAGCAGAGCUUGACCGACAUUGGGGCUUUCGGAGCGGAGAAUCUGACCAUUACGAUGCGAAAACGCAGCGUUUCGUCGGUGGAUGGGGCGAGAGGGAGCUUGGCGGAGAGGACUUUCCCCAGGAUUUGUAUCUGGGAGUCGGAUGGGGAAGCCGGGGAUAUCACAUGCGAUAUCAUCGACAACAUGGAGGCUUCGAUGUUCUAUCGAAACGGCACCGCAUUCGAUCGAGAUGGGUUCGCGAAGUUCCGGCGGAGUCCUUGUUGUUUCUCCGGCGAGCCCAAGAAGCCCGGCCAGACGAUUUCCAAAGGGCAUAAGAAUUACGAUUUGAUGCUCAAUCUUCAGCUGGGCAUUAGGUACUCAAUUGGGAAGCAUGCUUCGAUUGUGAGGGACCUUAAGCCGAGUGAUUUCGAUCCAAAGGAGAAGUUCUGGACCAGGUUUCCACCCGAAGGAUCGAACAAAACGCCACCCCAUCAGUCGUUUGAGUUCCGGUGGAAGGACUAUUGUCCCAUGGUGUUCAGACGUUUGAGGGAGCUAUUCCAAGUAGAUCCAGCCGAUUAUAUGCUGGCUAUCUGCGGAAAUGACGCGCUUAGGGAGCUUUCUUCUCCAGGGAAGAGCGGAAGCUUCUUUUACCUGACUCAGGACGAUAGAUUUAUGAUUAAGACUGUCAAGAAAUCGGAAGUCAAGGUGCUUAUCAGGAUGCUUCCAAGUUACUACAGACAUAUGUCUCGGUAUGAAAAUUCUCUGGUGACAAAAUUCUAUGGCGUGCAUUGUGUCAAACCUGUCGGUGGCCAGAAGACAAGGUUUAUCGUGAUGGGCAAUUUGUUCUGCUCAGAGUACAGAAUACAUAGACGAUUUGACCUUAAAGGAUCCUCCCAUGGUCGAACAACUGAUAAACCUGAGGGGGAGAUUGAUGAAAUCACAACUCUCAAGGAUCUUGACCUUAACUUUGUGUUUCGCCUCCAAGGAAAAUGGUACCAUGAGCUUAUGAAGCAAAUUGAUCUGGAUUGUGAAUUUCUGGAAGCAGAGAGAAUCAUGGAUUACAGUCUUUUGGUUGGACUUCAUUUCUACGAUGGUACGACAUAUGACAAAAUGGGGCUUUCACCAUUUUAUUUGCGCUCUGGACAAAAGGAUUCAUAUCAAAAUGAGAAGUUUAUGCGUGGGUGUCGAUUUAUUGAGGCUGAGCUACAAGACAUGGAUCGAGUUUUGUCUGGCCGGAAACCAUUGAUCUGUUUAGGAGCCAAUAUGCCUGCAAGGGCAGAGCAGAUGGCUCGAAGGAGUGACUUCGAUCAGUACACCCCUGGUGGGUUCAGCCAUUUGACCCCUUCACGCAGCGGUGAAAUCUACGACGUAGUCCUUUACUUUGGGGUCAUCGACAUUUUACAAGACUACGAUAUCAGCAAGAAGUUAGAGCAUGCAUAUAAAUCAUUGCAAGCCGACCCAACUUCGAUCUCAGCUGUUGAUCCGAAGCAUUACUCAAAAAGGUUCAGGGAUUUCAUCGGAAGAAUUUUCGUAGAAGACAGGUAGUCUCAAUGGAAAACGCCGAGUGCAAAACCAAUAGAAUUGGAUUGGAUUAAAAAGAUUCAACACUUGAUCCUCUUCCGAGGACAGAACAGAAUCUCAAGCAGCUCCAGUGGGUUGAUGGAGUAACAAGACUUGGUUAAUUCACAGACGGCACAACUGGAACCGCAACCGCGGGUCGGCGGAGUAUGGCUGAAUUUUGAAGACAGCCAAAGGUGUUGGAUGUUCGGGGGAUUUGGGUGCUUUGUACAUUCAAGGGAGAUAGGGAGAGGUUUGGGUUCUGAUGUCUUUUUCUUUAUUUAUUUUUAAAAUUUUCUCCUUUUAGGUGAAAUUUUUGUGGUAAUCAAGGAAUGUGAAGAUUUGAAAGAUAGGUCUAGGGAACAGAGCAAAAUAUGGGUUGCUUCCCAGUCAGAAAAUUCAAAAAAAUGGGUGGAGAGAGAGAGAGAGAGUUGGAAAUUGAAUAACAAAAAGUGUACAGAGGAGAGGAGGGUUUAUAGAGAAACAGAAAAGAAAAAAAAAUGGAGAUAGUUUAAUGGAUUUUUCUGUGAUUUUGAAGACGAAUGUUUGAAUCAUCUGAUGAUCCCAAAGUAGGCCCCAUGGAAUCUCUCUCUUAUAUCUUUUGUUCUUUUAUGGCUUAUUUUCUGCAUUAGUCUUAAAACUUGACAUUGGUCUCAUUUCCUUUUUUGAAAUUAAAAUUCGUCACUUUAUACUCUGAAACUUAAUAUUUACGUGAAACAAAUAUUAAUUUUGGAAUGUAAAAUAACGAAAUUUGAGUUCUAGAAAAAAAUGAGAUUGAUGUUAAGUUACAAGG